GUGUUCUAGAGUUGGUGCUUGUACCUGGUUAAUUUUGCUCCCUCCUAGGGCAGAACCCCAUAGGGUUUUUAGAAUGUGUAGAAGGGCCUCUCUGUCCUCUGUUUCUAGUCAUUACCUCUUCUCCAAAGCUGUACUGUUUGUCAAGUCCCAGAUGAGUCCUGACUGCAGGGCACAGACUCUGCUCCUGAGCCAGUGCUCAGCAUUGACAUUCUGUGGUAGGAAGCACACGUGGGUGAGUGGGUGACGUGGGUGAGUGGGUGACAUGGGCUCCACCCUUGGUUUUGCUACUGAACUUGUUCUGUGACAUUAGAGAAGUCAUUCCACAGCCCAGGCAGGAGUUUCCCCAGAAGCCAAGUGAAAGAGGUGGUGCACAGUUUCUUCAGUUCUUCCCAGGCCUAUACUUUUGUGACUUUGUUCAUUUACUCAUGUUGUCUCUUCCUUCACAGUAAAAACUCUUUCCCCAUUUCUACUUUCUCACCAAGCACCCAGACCUUGCCAAUUCCCUCUGGGCUCUGCUGCCUCUUGCCCAGUGCCUCCUUUUCCUGCUCAUCUGAGCUCCGCCCCUCCCUCCUUCCCUCUUCCUUCACAAAGCUGGCCUCUUCUCUCUUCUUUCCAGACUUUAACAAGUCCUUCUCUGUGCAUAUAUCUUGUCUUUUGUGUGUCCUGCAAUGGCAGCCGACUUUAAAUGAAGCCUGUGCUUGAGAAAUAAUUUCAGCAAUUACAUUUGGGCCCUCUGUCUGAGGAACACAGAGGUUACCAAGUCAGGGGGGCUGCCAUGGAAUCCAGAAGAAGCGUUGAGGGCAGAGCUGUGAGCAGCUCCUCCCCCUGCCUGCUACAGCCCCAGCAGUCUUGUGCAGAUCGUAGAAGACCCCACCUACUUCUACCCAGACUUGCAGCUCUAUUCUGGGAGGCAUGAGGCAUCGACUUUGACAGCGGAGGCAAGCGGAGGCCUAAGGGGGAAGGGUGUAGAGGACCCUCUCUCCAACUUCCACUCCCCGAGCUUCCUGAGGACGCCAGAGGUGGAAAUGAGAGGUUCUGAGGAUGUGGCAGCUGGAACAGUGUUACAGCGGCUGAUCCAGGAACAACUGCGCUAUGGCACCCCGACUGAGAACAUGAACCUGCUGGCCAUUCAGCACCAGGCCACAGGCAGUGCGGGGCCAGCCCACACCACCAACAACUUUUCUUCCACGGAAACCCUCACUCAAGAAGACCCACAAAUGGUCUACCAGUCGGCCCGCCAAGAACCGCAGGGUCAAGAGCACCAGGGGGACAACACGGUGAUGGAGAAGCAGGUCCGGUCCACACAGCCUCAACAGAACAACGAGGAACUGCCCACGUACGAGGAGGCCAAGGCCCAGUCGCAGUUCUUCAGGGGACAGCAGCAGCAGCAGCAGCCACAGCAGCCACAGGGGCAGCAGCAGCAGCAGCAGCCACAGCAGCAGCAGGGACAAGGGCCCCUCAGCCACACUUACUACAUGGCUGGAGGUACCAGCCAGAAGUCCCGCACAGAGGGGAGGCCAACGGUGAACCGGGCCAACAGUGGACAGGCACAUAAGGAUGAGGCCCUGAAAGAGCUGAAGCAGGGCCACGUCCGAUCCCUCAGUGAGAGGAUCAUGCAGCUGUCACUGGAGAGGAAUGGGGCUAAACAACACCUCCCCAGCUCGGGAAAUGGAAAGAGCUUCAAAGCUGGGGCCGGGCCGUCCCCAGCCCAGCCUGCCUGCAAAGCGCUGGACCCCCGCGGCCCUCCACCUGAAUACCCCUUCAAGGCCAAACCAAUGAUGUCCCCAGGCAGCAAGAACCAAGAUCAUGGACUCUACUACAGUGACCAGCACCCUGGGGUACACCACGAGAUGGUCAAACCUUACCCGGCGCCUCAGCCUGCGAGAACAGAAGUGGCCGUCCUGAGGUAUCAGCCGCCCCCGGAGUAUGGGGUCACCAGCCGCCCAUGCCAGCUGCCUUUUCCAUCCACAGUGCAGCAGCAUAGUCCCAUGUCCUCUCAGACUUCCUCUGUCAGUGGGCCUCUGCACUCCGUCUCCCUGCCUCUUCCACUUCCCAUGAGCCUGGCUGCUCCACAACCUCCACCAGCCUCCCCCAGUCAGCAGCUUGGACCAGAUGCCUUUGCAAUUGUGGAGCGAGCCCAGCAAAUGGUGGAGAUCCUCACAGAGGAGAACCGUGUGCUUCACCAGGAGCUUCAGGGCUGCUAUGACAAUGCCGACAAGCUGCACAAGUUUGAGAAAGAGCUGCAGAGGAUUUCAGAGGCCUAUGAGAGCUUGGUGAAGUCUACCACGAAGCGCGAGUCUCUGGACAAAGCAAUGAGAAACAAGCUGGAAGGUGAGAUAAGGAGACUUCAUGACUUCAACAGAGACCUCCGAGAUCGACUGGAGACAGCCAACAGGCAGCUGUCCAGCAGGGACUAUGAUGGGCACGAAGACAAAGUUGCAGAAAGCCAUUAUGCGUCUCAGAACAAAGAAUUUUUGAAGGAAAAGGAGAAGUUGGAAAUGGAAUUGGCAGCAGUGCGGACUGCGAGCGAGGACCGUCGGCGGCAUAUUGAGAUCCUGGACCAGGCUUUGAGCAAUGCCCAGGCCAGAGUGGUCAAGCUGGAGGAAGAGCUACGAGAGAAGCAAGCCUACGUGGAGAAGGUUGAGAAGCUGCAGCAGGCCCUGACGCAGCUGCAGUCGGCAUGCGAGAAGCGAGAGCAGAUGGAGCGCAGGCUGCGGACGUGGCUGGAGCGGGAGCUGGAUGCACUGAGGACACAGCAGAAACAUGGAAACGGCCAGUCAGCCAGUCUCCCAGAAUAUAAUGCUCCUGCCCUCAUGGAGCUUGUGCGGGAGAAGGAGGAGCGGAUCCUAGCCUUGGAGGCUGACAUGACCAAGUGGGAGCAGAAGUACCUGGAAGAAAGCACCAUCCGGCACUUUGCCAUGAAUGCCGCUGCCGCUGCCACUGCCGAGAGGGACACCACCAUCAUCAACCACUCGAGGAACGGAAGCUAUGGCGAGAGCUCACUGGAGGCCCACAUCUGGCCAGAGGAUGAGGAGGUGGUGCAGGCCAACAGGAGGUGUCAGGACAUGGAGUACACUAUCAAAAACCUCCAUGCCAAAAUCAUAGAGAAGGAUGCCAUGAUAAAGGUCCUUCAGCAACGAUCCCGGAAGGAUGCUGGGAAGACAGAUUCUUCCAGCCUGCGGCCUGCUCGCUCUGUCCCAUCCAUUGCUGCAGCCACCGGGACACAUUCCCGACAGACAUCACUUACCAGCAGCCAGCUGGUGGAAGAGAAGAAGGAAGAGAAAUCCUGGAAGGGCAGUAUAGGAUUCCUGCUGGGGAAGGAGAAUCAGGGACAGGCUUCUGCCCCUCUGCUGCCGACCACAUCCACCUCUGCGCUGUCCCCUCCGGCUCCCACCACAUCGGCCAGCAGCACCCACGCCAAGACAGGCAGCAAGGACAGCAGCACGCAGACCGACAAGAGCACUGAGCUCUUCUGGCCCAGCAUGGCUUCUCUCCCCAGUCGCGGCAGGCUGAGUACCGCCCCUUCCAACAGCCCCAUCCUGAAACAUCCAACUGCCAAAGGGACCGUGGAGAAACUGGAGAACUCUCCGGGUCACGGGAAGUUGCCAGACCACAGAGGCCGAGUCAGCAGCUUGUUGCACAAGCCUGAGUUCCCGGAUGGAGAGAUGAUGGAAGUGCUCAUCUAACCAUCAUCCUGUGGAGCUUCACACCAGCAUGCUGACAGACAAGAGAAGAGGCUGAAAGAAAAGGCCUAGAUGGUAGCAACCGCAAAACCAGGACGGGCAUGGACCCCUCAUAAUGUUACCAAAACAGAUGGCUCACAUGAUUGCAGAGGGAGUGAGAGAAGAUGCAGCAGAGUUGAGAAGAAUAAGGAAUGGAAUUGCCCAUUAUAGAGAAAUUGUAUGUCUUAGGGAAGCUCCAUGCUUCCCCCUUUCUUGACUUAUACACAGAUGAAGAAGAGUUGGGCCUUCCUUGGAAUCACCUUGUUUCCUUUGCCUCUUAGCAGGUUUGGUUUAAGAAGAAUCUGCUAGAAAUCCUAAAAGCCCAUCUUGGGUGCGUGUGUGUGUGUGUGUGUGUGUGUGUGUGUGCAUACAUGUGCACCUGACCUUAGCAGAUGCAUCCAAAGUAAUGGGGAAUUCCACAGACAAGUUUUGUUGAUACUUGGCUGUUCUGUUUAUGGUUUCAGAGAGUGUGAAGCUUUGCUUGUCUGGACUGAGCAAGAUGGGAGCAUGAUGAACUUGGUCCUCAUCUACCUUAACUUCUUUGAGGUUAUCUCUGUCUCUACUCAUUAUUUUGUUGUUGUAUUUUUUUUUCUUUCUGUUUAAUGAGAUAUAGCAGUUUCUUACGUGCAGGCCUUAGGAGACUGUCAUCCUUGCUGUGGUACCCAGUUGGACAGAGCCUCAUGCUGGCACCCUGGCUGCUUUCUCUACCUUCGCUUAGCUGAACUGCAGCUGUUAAUCUCACGGUGACUAGGGAAACCUGGAUGAGGAGCAGGAGUCCAUGAGUCACUGACAUCACUUCUGCCUUUGAUUUGAUUCCCACCCACAUCCACUCUCUUGCAAGGAGCUCGACAGUUACAGCCCAUUGCCCUAUCGAGAAGACUUCCCUGUGAACAGGUGCCCCAGGAACCUGAUAAUGGUUUGCACUGAGCUCUCUAAAUAGCAUCCAAGAUCUCACCAGUAUCCUGGGCCACUCUCUUGUAUUUGAAGCUCUCAGGUCUGUUCAUUGCUCUCCCCUGUCCCAUUCUGCCCUGGUUGCUGUUGGCAAGUGCAGUGCACCUUCCCUGAUCAUUUCUUUUUGUCCUUUCUUUUUCUUUCCUUUUUUCUUUCUUUUUUCUUUCUCUUUCUUUCUUUUUCUUCCUUCCUUCCUUCCUUCUUCCUUCCUUCUUCCUUCCUUCUUCCUUCCAUUCUUUCCUUUCCUGUGCACUUGCUCUGUAGCCCAUCAGAAUGGUAGAUACACAGUGUGCUGCCAUAACGAGGUCUCAUAUACUUUACUGUGGGCAGUGGCUUCCUGGAGAGCACAGGAGAAGCUGCCCAGGGUACAGAAGGCUCCUCAGGCGCCUGCACUAUCCCCAGCUCAGGAUCUGUUUUCCAAGUCCCUCUUCUCAUCACUUUUUUUUCUCAAGGGAAAGAAGAAAAGCAGUGUGUCUGGGGUGUUUUGAACCCCUCUUAAAUGCAAUCCUGAAGAUGGCUCUGCCCAGGGAGAGCUGUCCCAGGAGCUGUUCCUAGGGUGAAAUUAUGGCCUCCCGAGUUGGGGUAGUAUGUGGAUUAUGAGAUGGGUAGCCUGGAGAACAGAGGACAGGAGCAGAGAGGAGGGGAGGGGAGAGAGACCAGUGGUGUUGCCCUCUAGGACCCUUGGCCGCCUGACAGGACAGAGGAGCCUGGGGCUGGCCUCCCCAAGCAUGACUUGGCAAGGGACACCAGGCUGCACAGCCACCCCUUACAUCUUCCUGCCUCAUAUCUUGCAGCCUGAGAACUGAGCUUGCCCCGUGUGUCCUGUGCACACUGUGGGGAAGUGGAGUGAGAACAUGGCAUAAGAGAUCCUGCCAGUUGAGAAGGGCCUGAAAGAUGAAAGCAGGUGAAGGUAGGGACCAUUUUUGGAUAGGGCAUGAGAGCUGAGUUGAUCAUGACUCAGUCUCUUAAGAGUUUAUUAUCUCUAAUUAAUGUUGGGGACAAACCAGAAAGGAAAGUGUAUAGAGAUGGGGAAUUAGUAAGGUCUUCCAGCCCUGUGACCAUGUCUGAGCCACCCUAAACUUGGGCUCUCUCCCAGCACAGGGGUAAGGCACUACCCAGUUUACUCAAAGUCUAGUCUGAGUGUUACGUCUAGUCUGAGUGUUCCAGGUACAUUGCACACUUGGGCAGAAGGUCUCCUGAUCCAGCACUCCUCCUCCCCACACUCCCUGCACUGUCAGUAUUUCACUUGUCAGAACAGAAAGGGGACACAGACAGUGACCAGGUCAUCAAGUACACAUAUACUGUAGCUAUUGUCCAAGACCCCAUGUUGAGAGAGCAGUCUUUCCAUCCUCGUAAUCCUCUUAAAGCGUACAGGACAAAGGAGCUGCAGGCACUCAGCAGCCGUGGAUGUGCUCUGGGGAGUUGACAGGAUCUGAUCUCAUUUGAUGCUAAGAACAGCAGCACUGCAUAGGUAUUUUAGUUCUGACGGUGUGGAAGGCCUAGAAAAAGAACCUCGUAACUGGUCCUUUGAAGUACCAGGGAAAGAAGGCCAGGUUGUCUCUCCUGAUUGCUCAGACGAAGGAACGAGCCCCAUGAUGGGUACAGCCCAUCUCCAAGCUUUCACCCCAGAUGCUAGGACUUAAAGCAAAGACUCAGAAGAGGGGCCUCAAGCCCAGGCUGCACAGCCUUGAACACGAUGAGAACCUAGGAGCUAUGCCUGGCUGCUCCGUGGCCCCACUGAUGAUACUUGUGUGCACACUCAGAGAAUCUGCCAUACCUCCUGGGGACUGAGAACAGGACUAAGCCCAAACCUUAUACAACUGCCAAACUACGCCACUAUGCUUUUGUGUUCUGUUAAAGCACAACUACAAAGCAGAUGAAAGAAAUAAUAAAGUCCUUCCUCAUAGUGUAGAGGUCUAGUCUUCAGGUCUCCUGGGAGCAUUUGGUCCUAGAACUUGAGGGUCUGAUCUCAGGAUAAAGGGUAAGGCCUUGGCGUUUAGUGAUGAUUGGCCAACCUCCUGCUUUGCCCUUGGAGUGGCCAGUGUGGUGAAGCCCACGUACCUCCAGGUAUCAUGUGGGACAUGAGAAGGGUUGAGGUCAUGUCUCUACCACUGUGGUUUCCGUAAGUAGAUUCUUCUAUAUGUAAGAAUUAUUCCUGUCUGAGGGUUCAUCACGCUAAGCUGCCAAGAAAAACACAUUCAUUUGCAAAGAACUAAGAAUAUUUGCUGAACUCCUGGCAGGCAUUGUUCCCUGUUUCCCAGAGGCUGGUGACCAGCUCCUGUGGAGUGUUCAGUGAGUCCCCACCAUGCCUCAAGGGGGCUUCACUCUUCUACCCCCAGCUUUCCUUAGGGGUGGAGACAAGGAAUGGUGGGAGCAGUUUUGUACAGUCCCACAAAGGAGCCCAUGCGUGAGUCUUGACCUUUUGUUUUGAGUUGCUCCAAGUGAGUUCUGGCCUCAGAACAGAGGAUCCAGCAAUUCCUACACUCGGGAAAGAAACUCCGUGUCCCCCACAGAGAGGCAAGACCUGUCUUGUUGACUCUCCUGCGUGGCCUCAGCCAGCUGCACACACUUAACAUAGGGCUGAAGCUGCUCCUCCCUGAGACCUGCCGUGAGUCCUAGAGACUUGCAUGAACAACCAGCUGAGGCUGAUGUCCGAGAGGCAGCGAGGAUGACAGUGACACUCAUGGGGUUUCCAGGAUGGUCACUCGUGUGUAGGCUGCAGAGGGCUGUGCUAAGUGGAAGGGUACGUUCUCCAAACACAAGAAUGCCUGCACCGGCGCGAGUGGGGCGUGUUUCUCUUUGUUCUCCGGAUGACCUUAACCCCCUCUUAGCAAAGGAGUUUGUGCAUGUUGGAAACAAGAGCUGACAAAUGUGCUUAAAUGGUAAAGCCAGAGAAAGGCCAGCCCCAGUAACUUCCCUAAGCGCUGAGUCAGCCCCAGUCUCGGAGUGUACGUGUUGGCUUUCUUCUAUUUUUGUAAAUUAAUCAGUGUGUUUUAAAUGUCUUCAGUUGAUGGGAGGAUUGUCCAAGGCAUUUGCCUGUGGUGUGGCUCCAUGGGAGACAGGCUGUGUGAUAAGAAACCCAAGAAGCCAGUCAUCCAGGGUGCACAGGUCAGCAUUCAGUGGCUUUCCUCUGGAAUGGGUGAGCACUAUUCUUCCCUCUUUUCAGUAGGAUGCCCCAUUCUUGUUUAGUAAUUUAAUGGUGUAUUAUAAUGCGUAGAUACAACUGCAUACAUAUGAGGUAGCAUUUCUUUCCUUAAUAUCCAGAAAAUCCCACUGUUUCCCCAUGAGCACUCUCCUUGGGAGGACUACAGUGCUCCCCAAGUAAAAUGGUGGUUGACUCCUCUAGCAGAAUGGCCUCUGGGGUCUGGCGUGGUCCUCAGAUUCCCCUUGAAGUGAGAGGUCAUUGUCUUUUGAGAGUGGAUUUAAGUUGGGGAAGUAUCCCAGAUUGUUCACAGCACAAGUGAAUGAACUCAGAGGGCGUUAGUCAGAGUAAGAGUCCCAGGACCAUCGAGAUGACCCAGUAGGAAAGGCACUGUCACCAAGCCAAGACCUGGACACACUAGGUAGGUGAGAAACAACUCCUGCAAGUUGUCCACACACUCACACACAUGCAUGCAUGCACACGCGCGCGCAUGCGUGCGCGCGCGCGCGCACACACACACACGCAGGUUUUAGAAGACUAUCGAACAUGUAGGAAGAGUCAUUAGUACCCGUGACCUCUAGGGCCUUUUUUUCAAGCCCAGUUCUCUCGCCAGGCCUCAUGUGCGUGCACGCUGUCCCUCUCUCCCCCUCCCCCCCAGUAUACCGCAGAACUAAGUCUAUAUUCAUUAGUAUGAACACCCAGUAGGUAUCCUGUAAAAUGGAGAUAUACUUAAGUGCAUGUUAUCGUUGUGUGUGCCGUGACUGAGGUGUGUCCUUGUCGUGAGACUUUGCUUCUUUGCCGCCGAGUUAAGACUGCCCUUCCCUCAAGACAGUAAAUAUACAGCAGUUUCUGGAAUCCGCUUCUCAAGUUUUGCCGCCUGUGUUGUGUUUACUUGUGACUUUGCCUGAGUGUCUGUUCUCACAUACACACCUGUAUUUAUUACAAAGCAGAACAGGGACAGGCUUAGCCAGAGUAUUUGUAUUUGAAUGUUUUUCGAGGAGGGACGGUGGAGCCUCCUCCUCAGUGAGGCACUGACAGAAUCUGUGUCAAAUUCUGUGAACCGGGGCCAACGCGGGUACCAGCUUGAGCCUGACUGAGUGCCCUGGGGCCACUGCCCUCUCCACUGCCUUGUGUGUGUGCGUGCGUGUGGUUGUGUUUGUGGCCCUGUGCUGAGGGCAUGUGCCGCUCUUCCCAGCAGACCCUGGUAUCCAUGUGUAACCUUUGGCAUCUCUGUGUUACUGCACUGUAUUGUGAGGUGGUGCACAGAUCAGAGCAGAUGGGUCUGUGCAGAUUGGGGAGUCCCCACAGGGAAUGUGGAUACUGUUGGUCAGCCAAAGAUUUUCCUAUUCUUUGCUGCUUAAACUUUGUGCCUUAAAAUUGUAAAUAAUAAAUGGGUAAAACAACAA